UCCAGCUUCUGCACCUGAUGAUCCGUCAAGUUUGGAUCACGCAUUGCCAUUAGUAGCGCAGUUCGCAAAUUCUGCUCUAGUCGAUAUCUGGGCCUAUUUUGACAUCCAAACAUAUAAUGAAGCAAAUUUACAAAAUGUUGCUCAAAGAAAGUUCAACGUUGCCUUUUUUGAUGCAGUCAAUACUUGCAAUUG